AUGGAUUCGGAUUACGCUAAAUUUACGCUUAAAUCCAACACACCGAUUGGAUUUGAAUCUACACGGUGUGAAACGGCACCACAAGACCGUCUCAAAAAGGAUGUCGGUGUAGAUCCUUGUCCAAUUCCAACUUGCAUCGAUGUUGCAACGGAACCGAAGGAACGGAAAGAAACCGCUACUCAGACGAUCAGUGCACCGAGAAGCAAGAAAUUUGCAACCUACGACGAUUCCAAGCUGGUCUCGUUUAUACGCAAAGUGCAACCCAUUGUGGAGGAAGAACUUUCUUACGGGAUGACACCAUUUUUUGAUUGUAACGAUAAUCUGUACGAAACUUCCGAACGAUACCGAGUGUGUCGUCAUCAAGAGUUAACUCUUCGCGGGUUGAUGCCUGAUCACACUACCGAAAAGCAUGACGCAAACGCGUUCCACGUGGGUGCAGCAGCUUGGCUUUCCAUACUGACACGUGACGCUCCACUGCUGGUAGUCGCCUGCAGCCCUAGCCACGAAGCAUGGUGUGAUCAUUUCAGCUCAAUCAUUACGGUGUUCUGUCCCAAGCGGGAUCGUUACGGUGGUUCCGUACAGUGGGUAGAGUUGAGCAGCAAUCCGGUUAAAGCUUGCAUAGAAUCACUAGAAACGAACCCGUUCAAUCGGGACAUGUUCGCUGGCGGCACCGUCUCCGGGGACGUGUACAUCUGGCACUACGAGAUGAAUCUCAGGAACGAGCGGAACUCCUUCGCCGAACUACACUCGGAAACGACCGAUUGCGGGAAGGUGGUCGAUAUGGCAUGGACACGUUAUAACGUAAUGUCCAAAUCGGACUACGCCCUGCUCACAGCACACAGCGAAGGUACCGUCAUACAAUGGCGUGUUGGUAAAACGAUCGUAAAGGACAAAAUUUUCAAACUCAACGUACCAUCGGCCACCGGCAAGGCACUCAUUCUGACGCAAAUAUUGGCCACCUCGAAUACGGAGUUUGUGACUGGCUGUGACGAUGGAUCGUUGCUACUCUGCUCCACCACGCAAUUAAAUCCACUCGGAGUAGCGUCCACAUCGGUAGUCAACUCCGUCAACUCAUCUACUGCCACCGGUGCCGGAAAAGUUAAUUAUUUCUCUCCGGGUACGAUUGAGUUGAAGAGUCACGCGUUCAGUGUAACUAGCCUCCAGAAGAUUGAGAAUCGCCGCCAGGAGUUGCUCGUUAGCUGUGAUCUCACGGGAGAAGUGUUGUUCCAUGACAUCACGGAUAGUAUCAAUUCCACUCCAACACUAAUCAUCAAAAUGCCUCUUCCCUUCAAAACACGCAUUGUUUGCACGAGCGACACGGAAUACAUCUUUUCACCGACGGAAAAUGGUCUACUGGAGCUGUAUCGCAUCGGAAGCGGAAAGGUUGACACAGUGGAAUCGUCCGUACCUUUGAAAGGUUCUCCAAAUCUUAUUAAGAUGUCUGCCAAUGGAAAAUGGCUUAUUACUGGUACGUACAAUGGAACAUUCAUCUUGUACUCCGUAACGAUGGAAUACUAA